GAAGGGGUGGGGCGGAAAGUGCUGCUGUGAAUGGCGUCUGCGAACCCUGCCCGGGGAUGGAGGGCGGCGAAGCGGGUGGUGGGGGACUUCUGCAGCAGAUCCUCAGCCUUCGUCUGGUGCCGCGCGUCGGCAAUGGCACCACCACCUACUCCAGCCCGCUCUCCACCUUCCCAGAGAUGUGGUACGGCGUCUUCCUGUGGGCGCUCGUGUCCUCCCUCUCCUUUCACGUCCCGGCAGCUUUGCUAGCGCUCUUCACGCUCCGGCACCACAAGUACGGCAGGUUCAUGUCCGUGAGCCUCCUGCUGAUGGGCAUCGUGGGACCCAUUACCGCCGGCAUCCUCACAAGUGCUGCCAUUGCUGGAGUUUACAGAGCUGCAGGGAAAAAAAUGAUUCCCUUUGAAGCCCUCAUUUUGGGAGUGGGCCAGACAUUCUGCGUGGUGGUGGUUUCAUUUCUACGCAUUUUAGCCACUCUCUAGCUCUUCUUCAGGCACUAGAGCUCUUAAAUCAAAGGAAGAGCAAAAGAUCUGCUGCCUGUGCCACCUCUGAAACAAAUCAGAGGGAACACAAUGGGAGGUGUGCCUGGGUGUGUGCUUUCUCUGCUGGAUAAAGGUAACCCAAGGGCCUGCUCCUGCUUCCAGCAUGGCUGGAAAUUAAGCUUAAAAAAUGGUGAUUUUUGUUACUUUUGGUAACAUUAAGUGCCAAGUGAAACUUUAUUUUCCUGGAGGAUAGGAAGCUAAAUGACGUCUGGAGCAGAAGGCCCAUCUACCUUUUACCAGUGAUGAAUUCUAGCAACAGAAUGUAGCUAGGAGGUGACAGUAGCUGUUGUGGGCUAGAACCAGUGCUACAGACUGAAGUAAUGCUCACUUAAUGCUUUGACUUCUUGCUGCUUUGUUUGCAGUGAAUUCUUCUAAUGUGAUUUUUUUAAAUGAGAAAGUUAAUUUGUUUUCUUCCUGGCCCGAAUACCAGCUCUUGCUCGUAGUGAAUUUGGAAGCAGCAAAAGGAAGAAUCAUUUUAGACAGAUGAAAUCACAAAUUUGUCACUGAGAACCAUGACUAUGAAUGCUGCAGUGGGGGGAAUAACUGGUGUAAAAAGGAUUGCUAUCUUUGUGUAUUUUAUUACAGUGAAGCCCUCCAGGCACUGUGUACCUUCUGCCUGAGAAACAGAGCACAGCUGAUGGGGCACUACACUCCACUGCCCACACUGGGAAUCCCAGGGCACAUGUGUGAGCACUCACUGUUGCUUCUUGGGCUCUGAAGGAGACUCGUGGUUUUAAACUUCUCCAUUCUCCUCUUACUUGUUGAUCAUGUUUACAGUGGUGUGGUGGAACUGGGUGUCUUUGCUGACAUGGAAACAUUGCUGGGCAGUUUAUACAAAACUCAGCACACUGCUUCUUAGGUGAC